GACAGCUCGCAGCUCACGCGGGGUCAAGUCCCCAUAUCUUUUCAGGAGAAUGUUCUCAGCCGUCGCGCGCUCUGUCAUUUGAGCUGAAGAGGUGUGACGGUGGACUACUUUGCCACCGCGUAGACCUCCAGCCUUCACGGAUUUACAGGAGUUAUUUUUGGCUUUCUUGCUGGAUUUUAACAUAGAGGACACUUGCUAUUAACAGGACAGGAAGGCUUCUGAAAAAAUGCUGAUUCACUUGGGGUGGUUGCAGGGCAGUCAGUAGGUCGCAGCGGUCUGUCAGGGCUAGCAUGGAACGAGAUGGGUCGUUUAGGAGGAUUUCAAGGAGUCUUCACAGCAAGCUGAGAUUGGGCAGCAGCUCGUCCUCCAGUCUGACUGACCUCUCACAGGCAAAAACCCCUGGAGGAGGAGGGGGGGAUAAGGGAGGAACAACUGGAGGAUUGGCAGAGGAGUGCAGCAAGGACAGAGGGACCCAGCAUAGGAGGGCCGGGGCCAACGCCACCUGGAACAGCAUCCACAACGCAGUAAUAUCAGUUUUCCAGAAGAAGGAUCUGGGGGAAAACGAACUCUACACUCUGAAUGAAGGUGUCAGGCAGCUGCUGAAGACGGAACUGGGCUCCUUCUUCACCGAGUACCUUCAGAACCAGCUGCUCACUAAAGGCAUGGUCAUACUCAGAGACAAGAUCCGCUUCUAUGAAGGUCAGAAGUUGCUGGACUCCUUGGCCGACACAUGGGACUUCUUCUUCUGUGAUGUUCUGUCCAUGCUGCUGGCCAUCUUCUAUCCUGUACAGGGAAAGGAGCCGUCGGUGCGUCAGUUGGCUCUGCUGCACUUCAGGAACAUCAUCACCCUCAACCUGAAACUGGACGAGGCUCUGUCUCGACCCCGAGCCAGAGUUCCUCCUUCUAUAAUACAGAUGCUGCUAAUACUACAGGGAGUCCAUGAAUCCAAAGGUGUAACAGAUGACUACCUUCGUCUGGAGUCUCUCAUCCAGAAGGUGGUCUCUCCCUACCUCGGGACUCAUGGGCUAUAUUCCAGAGAUGGCUCUUCCAAUUUGCACUACUCCUCCUGCCUAUUAGAAAAGCGCUUGCAUCGCUCCUGGCCCGCCAAACCAGGCAACUCCCCCGUCGCCAAGAACCCAGUGGUACGCUCUAAGAGCUACAAUGUUCCCAUGCUGACCCCUGUGGUGGAGUAUGACGUUGAUGCCUCCACAGGAGGUGGCGCGGGCAUCAGGCGACACUCAGUGUCUGAGAUGACUUCCUGCUUAGAAGAGAGCAGCAGCUCUGUGGCUGAAACCACGACCACUGCUAUCAACAACACCAGCGACACCAGCACAUCCAGCCUCGCUGACCACUCUCCAGCUUCCACAGCCUCUGCUGAACUUUCAGACACUGUGACCUCCAGUCAGGACCUCCGGCCAAGAGAAGCUGACAGUCCCACAGGUCCCCUCGCUCUCCAGCCGCAGCAUCACUCCCCCUCCAUCUUCCCAGAUCCUUCCCCAGGUGAGGACAUACACUGCAUAGGCUCGCUGGUGUCAGACUCGCCAGCGUCCUCCAGAGUGCUGGCUCAUGACACAAGCUCCAGUCCCAGUCCUUCAUCCAGUUCGGAGAUCAUGAUGGACAACAUCCUGGAGUCUUUGGACUCGGAGCCGGAGCACAACGGCAUCUUUCUGGACUUCUCACGACACUGUUCUGACGGAUCGACGCGCAGCUUAGACAGCAACAGGCAGAGUGUGGCGUGACACACACACACAUUUGAGGACACACACUCUGAUGCAGGGACAUGUGCGAACAAUGCUGAGCCACGACAUUCCUCACACCCUGUGGCACCUCCUGCAGUUUUAUUGAGACUAGAUUGUUCAGGGAUUCUCUCAAACUGAAUUAUUUUUUUAUAAGAUAUGGUCACCCAUCCCUAGAAACAAGUCUAACCUCAUACUGACUGGUAAAAACAUCAAUAUGCGUAUGCCCCCACUUGGAAAUAAUCAGAGCAGGCCACUCUGAGAAACUAUACUCACAUGAAUCAGUAUAGACAAGUGGUUGUGUCACAGGUUUUGCUCUUUCAGAGAUGACUUUUUCCCCCUGUUUUCUCUUAUAUAUGAAAACUCGGGGGAAAAAAAACAUAGAGCCAGUGAUGAUAACUCCAUCCCAGAGGCAGGUGCGCAUGCUGAAAAAUGAAAAUGUUUUACCAUUGUCAAAUCUCUCUCCAAGAGCAGAGCUAUUGAAUAGCUUUAGCUGUCAAAUUCAAACUUUUUUAAACUUUUCAAAUGUGUAAUCUCCAUUUUGACCAGUGAUGCUUGUUUAUUGUUGGUUGAACUUAUUGUAUUGAUUGAUGAUUAAAAUGUUAAUUUGAAUGAA